UCCAUUUAAUACCCACGCCCGGCGAGUGACAAAGCAAAGCGCGACUUUUGAAAUGAUUACAAAGCUAGACAGUGUGCUUUUGCCCAGAAAGAAGUUCAUCUUUCAUUACAAAAAUAUGCGCUGGGCAAGGGGCCGGCAUGAAACAUAUCUCUGCUUUGUGGUGAAAAGGAGAGCAGGCCCAGACUCUUUGUCCUUUGACUUUGGACAUCUCCGCAAUCGCAAUGGUUGCCAUGUUGAGUUGCUUUUCCUGCGUCACCUGGGAGCCUUGUGUCCUGGUCUGUGGGGGUAUGGAGUUACUGGUGAGAAUAAAGUCAGCUACUCCAUCACCUGGUUUUGCUCCUGGUCUCCUUGUGCCAACUGCUCAUUAAGACUAGCCCAGUUCCUCAACCAGACGCCAAAUCUUCGUCUCAGGAUCUUUGUCUCGCGCCUUUAUUUCUGUGACAUGGAGGACAGCCGUGAAAGAGAGGGUCUUAGGAUUCUGAAAAAAGCCGGCGUGCACAUCACAGUCAUGAGUUACAAAGACUAUUUCUAUUGCUGGCAGACCUUUGUGGCACGGAGACUAAGCAAAUUCAAGCCCUGGGAUGGGCUGCAGCAGAACUCUGUUCGCUUGACAAGAAAACUCAACCGCAUCCUCCAGCCCUGUGAGACAGAAGAUUUAAGAGACGCCUUCAAGCUUCUUGGACUGUAAAACAUACCUCUGACCUCACCCAGUGUUACCAAUAAAGUUAAAGAGAAACAGAUAUCCCAAUAUUGGUCCAGCACUACAAUGGCAAAACUGAGAAUGACAAUAACUGUGAAAAAAUUGCUUUCGAUUUGUGGCAAAGCUUAUAAUGUUAGGUAGCUGCUUCCUGCUGUUUCUGUAGCAAUGCAAUACUGUAAAAUAAAAUAACAA